AUGGCCGACCGUUUCCCUUCGCUCGAGGAUUUCGAUUCCGGGGCGCAAACCGACAUCAAGGACCCUAGUGCCGAGCCUUCGACUGACGAUUUCCUCGCUCGUGAGAAAGCUCUCCUCGGAGACGAUGCAGACCAGUUCGCGACCAACGAUGACGCUGCAGCCUUUGGUGAUGCCGAUGAUGACCUUCUCGGCGGCACUGGCAACAACGAGCAGUCCACAUUCGAGUCUCAGUUUCCCGAUUUGACCAACCCUGAAGCGGGCACUGGGGUCUCUGCUGGAACUGCCAUCACAGGAGGACCUUCAGUCAGCUACAACUCAGGAUACCAGGCCUUCGCCGAAGAAGAGCAGGAGCCCGAGGUCAUCAAGGAGUGGCGCGAGCGCCGAGACAAUCAGAUUGCCAAGCGUGCCGAACAGUUUGCUGCCCAACGAGAGGAGACCGUUAAAGAAGCUCAACAGAACAUUGAUGACUUUUACGAGAACUACAACAACAAGAAGGAGAAGGGUAUCGCCCAGACACGAAAGGAAGCCGAGGAAUUUCUGGAAAGCCGAGAGGAUACCGUCUCUGGCGGCACCAGCUGGGAUCGCAUCGCAAAGUUGGUGGAUGUGAGCGGUAAGGGCGCCAAGGGAGGUGCUUCUGGGUCAGGCAAGGAGCGAUUCCGAGAGUUGCUUCUGAGCCUACGAAAGGACGAGAAGGCGCCUGGCGCCACAGGCUAUUAG